AUGGACGAAGAAAAAUCCACCGAUCUCAAUGUCACUGUUGUCGAGGAGAAGCCCGUCAAGCCGCGGGGCUUCUUCGCGCGCAUCCGCUACUAUGAAGAGCUGAUGGAUCGCAAGAUGGGCAUCGAGUCCCACAGUCUUGACCGCGUCCUGCCCGAGGAGCGAAAUCCGCCAAACCCUUUGGUCAUGGCCUUCAUGUGGGCGUCGGCCACGAUGAACAUCAGUUGUUUCAGCACGGGCUUUCUGGGCUACGAGUUCGGCCUGUCGCUGGGGGAUAGCAUCCCCAUAAUUAUUUUUGCAACGCUUCUAGGCGCAUGUGUGACGGGUUGGUGCGCAACCAUGGGCCCCGGCACGGGACUGCGCCAGGUCGCCAUUUCCAGGUACUCUUUCGGCUUCUACCCAUCGUCAGUCAUUGCGGCGCUGAACGUGAUUGAGCAGCUGGGCUGGUCAUCCGUCAGUUGCAUUACGGGCGGUCUUGCGCUCAGCGCUGUGUCUGACGGACACGUCUCUAUUGUCGUCGGCGUCGUUAUAAUCGCCUGCGUCAGUCUGAUGUUUAGCUUCAUCGGGCUGCGCGGAGUCUUGCUGUAUGAGAAAUACGCAUGGAUCCUGUUCUUCGUUAUCUUUAUGAUCAUCUACGGCAUGGCCGCGCCCCAUGCCAGCCUAGCCCCGCCUGUGACCGCGGUGUCGGGUGUGACAAAAUCAGGCAAUGCGUUGAGUCUGGUUGGCGUCGUCUAUGGCUCUAGUGCGUCUUGGAGCUCCAUCGUCUCGGACUUCUACGUACACUAUCCAGUAGACACGCCUAAGAUCAAGGUAUUUCUGUACACAACUCUGGGCAUCACGAUCCCGACGUGUAUUGGCAUGAUUCUGGGUGCGUGUGUUGGCUCCGCACUCGACACAAAUCCCAAGUGGGAAGCAGCUUAUGGUGUCGGCAUGGGCGAGAUCUUGAAGACGAUCAUGUUUCCGGAAGGGUUUGCCAAGUUCAUCCUCGUUCUACUCGUCUUAUCAGGAAUCGGGAUUAACUGCAUUGCCAUCUAUGCCGGCGCACUCUCGGCACAGCUCUUUGCUCCCCCAUUCGCCAAAGUGCCGCGGAUGUUCUGGUCAUUUCUUGUCUUUAUCGGAAUUCUAUUGAUAGGCAUCGUGGGCCGCGACCACCUGCUGGCAGUCCUGCAGAACUUCCUGUCAUUGCUCGGCUAUUGGAACACGUCCUUUUUUGUCAUCCUCUUCACUGAGCAUUACUACUUCCGCAGAGGCAAUCUCGCUAACUACGACCUCGAUGCCUGGGACGACCCAUCACGCAUGCCUCUGGGUUUGGCCGGACUCGCGGCAUUCCUCUGCGGCGCUGCUGGAUGGAUCGUGGGCAUGGUGGAGACGUACUAUAUUGGUGCUCUUGCCGAUAUGAUCGGAAAGAGCGGCGGCGAUAUCGCCAAUGAGCUGGCCCUGGUGUUUACGAGCAUCUCGUUCCUGCCUCUUCGGGCGCUGGAGCUCAAAUACGUGGGUCGGUAG